AUGUCUGACUGCCACUGCGACACGAGGAGAGUCGGUCGUGACUCCGAUGCGAGUGGUGAAUUCUUUUGGGGUGGCUGUGCCGAUAAUGUCCAUUACGCCGCUACCUUCGCGCGGCGUUUUAUCGACUCAAAGGACCGCAAGUCCAGGGAUGGAAGAGCUCUGAUGAAUCUGCACAACAACCGGGCUGGCAGGAAGGUAACCCUCUAG